AUGGCGGGGGUUCCCUUUCUGAAACACGGGUCUGGUUUCUCUCUCGUAAUUUGCCGCUUAAAGUUACCCAGCAGAAUUGUCGAGACGCCAUAUUUUGCGGCUUCCUUCUCUACUCUUUCUUGUGCAGACUUUCUAUGUACAUUUUUACCUGCUGAUUCCAGUUUUUUAUUGAGUCCCUAUUUACAAGAAAGUGGGAGGAACAUACAUAUUGCCUGGAGGCAUUAUCAGCAAAUGGAUUUAGAGCGUCUUUUCCAGAGAUUUGGAACUAUCAUACAGUCCAGAGUUUUGACAGAUCAGACUACAGGUCAGUCAAAAGGUGUUGGUUUUGUCCUUUUUGACCAGAAGAAGCAAGCUGAAGAAGCAAUAAGCCAGAUAAGUGGCACAGUUCCUGCUGGUGGAACAGAGCCACUUCUCAUAAAGUUUGCUGAUGAUAAUGCAAAGAAGGGUUAUGCCAGGAUGGAGAGAUUGUAUGCUGCCAGCCACCACCCCCGCAGAUAG